AUGGACCAAACUACUUUGCCAAAUGAUCUAGAAAUUGUUUCAUCAGAACAGGCUGAUUACGCCAAUGAGGCCAGCAACCAUAUUCUUGCUCCACAGAGAUGGGAUGAGACUAAUAAUGGCAUUAAGCCCUUGAAAUCUCAGGAUUUGUCCAGCAAUCCAAAUAUUUCCAGCCUUGAACCAGGCACGCCACAAACAAGGCUGCUUUCUACAGUAACACAAAAUUCUGAUGGUCCUUCUCAAGACUACAACAAGCCUAUGAAUCUUCUGGCCUCCUUAACUUCUAGAGUAAUAACAAAUGUUUUUCAGCAGGUGAGUGAAGAUGCAACAUCCUCAUCCAUUAACGUUGGGACUGAUCCCUUUACUAUUUUGCCCCCAGUGCUGGAAGUGUGCCCGCUGGAUGUCCUCUAUAUCACUGACCUUGUCACUUAUUCCUCACGCUUUUGUGGAUCAUAUUCUCUCCUAAACAAAAAUCUGACAUUUGGUUCUCCUGUCGAAAUGAUUGAGGUGGUUUUGGAGCUAAUCACAACUACUAACCAUGGUCGAGGUUUUGCCCUUCUCUUCACAUACCAUAACCAGUCAUUGGUGACUGCACUGGGUGUUCAAAAGAGCCGAGGCAGGGAAAAUGUUGUGCUGCUAGCUGCGGUUGCUGCUGCCAUAUCUUUUACUUGCGUCUUGGUGCUGGUGCUUUGCUUGUCUUAUAGGCAGAAGAUAUGCCCCAAGAGAGCGCAAAAUGAGAGCCAGGUCAGACAGGUGACAACACAGGUGAAUGGGAUUCAAAAUACAGGCUUGGAUCUUAAUGAACUACAGCUGGUGGUGGCAGAAGAGGAUCUUCAGAAUAGGGCACUGGAAUCUACUGGUCAAGCUACAGAUGUUUCUCAGCAGAUGCACCAGGAAGAUCCCACCUCAUGCUCAAUUACAGUAACCGAUUCCCACAGUGAUGAGGUUUUUGUUAUCUCAGCUGGCGACAACACAGACUGUUUCACUUUCAACACAUAUCCACUACAGGAAGGCAGCCUAAGAAGGAUUGUCACUAGCCCUGCCUCUGUAUCUGACUGGCUAAAUGCAGAUUACACAAGUGUUGAUCUGAGUGUGGAUGACAAGGCCAGUGAGAUAGAAGAAGUGGAUGUCGCCAGAAAGAGGACUUGGAGUGCACUUACCUUUAACAGUCUCUUGCCUCAACUACAAAUGAAAUGGCGAAGCCGCUCCUCCAGCGGUUCCUUUACCAAACUGGUAGACCGUUGUUGCACAGCACCUGCCAAGAGUCUUAAUCCUAAGAAUCCUAGGAGAGUUGGUUCUGCUGUUCAGAUAGGGGGAAAUUCCACUCAUCUUUUCUCAGAGUCUUCUGACCGUAAUGCUUCUUACCCCCUUACACAGUCAGCAAAACUCCAGCGAAAACUUCCACCAUGUAAUCUCAGAAGAACACGCCCAUACUUCGGGUUACUAAAUGAUUCGUCUGAUAGUAUGCGCUCUGGCCAAAAGUCCGUAAGUGUGAAGGAGGACCACACCCCCUGCCAAACAUCUGCCAUGGAGUUUACAAGCUCAUCUAAAACAACAACAAGCAAUGGAUUCCGAGCCAAAGAGCUCUCACUGGAUUUUGAGAGUCCAAGCACCGUUUUUGUGAUCUGUGAAGAAGCAGAUGACCAGCAGCCUUUGGUAUUUGAUGACCAGCUCAGUCCGGCUACAGAGUCUCUGUCCAAAAAGCAUGAUGGGUACAUAACAGAUGACUGUUACCUAGCAUCCACAAAGGCUUGCUCUCGUGCAAGCACAGGAAUAAAUUCAGCUGGAGAUUCCACUGUUCAGUGCAUGGAAAAUAAAAUGUCUUUAGGUUCAGCUUGGAAUGUUUCUAAUCCACACCAAAAGAUUGAUGCUUCAGAAUCCACACAGGCAAGGUCCAGCUGA